UGUUGUUUCUUAAGCACAGACACAGGCAUACAAUCUCUUCAUUUUUAAGGUAUCUUAAAAAUCUCCACUUCACUGCCAGUCAGCUCCCGACUACCAGUCCUUCCAAGUCCUCUAUCUCUCUGUCUCUCUAACUGUAAUAUAAAAAAUCAAAUCUUAUUUUUGAUUUUUACUCAAAAAAUACCACAAAUCAUACAAGUGUAGAAAGAUGGUCGAUCAGGCAGUUUUGGACAAAUUGGAGGCCGGAUACAAGAAGUUGCAAGACUCGAGCUCUUGCCACUCGUUGCUCAAGAAGUAUCUGACCCGCGAUGUCUUCGAUAAGCUUAAGACCCGACAGACAGCGAUGGGCGCAACCCUUCUCGAUGUCAUCCAAUCG